AUGGAGUGCGACGACACGGACGACGACCUCGCGCGCCUCUCCAAGCGGAGACGACACCACAACACGACCGUAGCCUCGCCCGCGCCCACGCGCGGGGUCAACCUCGCCAAGCCGAGCGACGGAGGCGCGGGACCUAGGGCGAGGUCGCCCGCGCUGUCGCCCGAGCUCGCCGCGAAGGCUUCCGCGCUCGCCGCGAAGAACUCGACCCGCGGGUUCGAGUCCGGCUCCCCGACGCCCCACCGGGCCGCGCCCUCUCCCCCACCCCUCGUCGAUGCCGGGUCGUCCGACUCGGAGAAAGACAACGUUGAAGUCUCGGGACCGAGAUCUGUCCACCCGGAGACCUCCGCGGACGGCGGCGCGACGGGUUCGCCGCGCGAAUCGCCCUCGAACGCUGACGCGGACGACGACGAGGCGUUCGCGCGUCGCCUCCAGGAGGAGGAGAACGCGCGAUACGAGGCGGAACGCGAGGAAUCCCGACGCAGAGCCGCGGAGUGGCGCCGAGCGCACGACGCCAUGAUGGCCGCCGCGGAGAUCGAGGAGGACCUCGACGAGGACCUCGACGAGGACGUCGACGAGGACGAGGACGAGGACGAGCGGGACGACGAAGACGACGAAGACGUCGGCGUGGACGGCGUCCCGGGAAUCGACGCGCUGGGCGACGAGGGCGUCGGCGUCGGCGGCGCCGCGGAUGCCGCCGGCGCCGGGUCGGCUCGAGACGCGAGGCGCGCGGCUCGCAGGGCGCUGGCGAGGGCUCGCAGGGCGCAGAUGAUGGAGCUGCACAGGUUCAUGGGCGCGCUGCACCGGACCGUCAACGCCGCGGGGGAGACGCCGGCGGACCGCGCGCAGCUCGUCGCGCUCGUCAUGUCCGACAGGGACUUCACCGAGGAUGAUUACGAGCGGCUGCUCGCGCUUGACAACGCCGUCGAGCGGCGUGGGGUCUCCGCUCCGGCGCUCCGGCGAAUGCCGUGCAGCGAGUGGGGCGGGUGCGAGAAGGGCGGGCCAUCGGCGCCGUUGUCGCGCGAGGACCACGCGCGAUGCGCCAUCUGCCUCGAGGACUACGCCGAGGGUGAGUCGCUGCGCCACCUCCCGUGCCUGCACUCGUACCACGCGGGGUGCAUAGACCGGUGGUUCGAGCGCAGCGUGGAGUGCCCUCUUUGCCAGUGCGACGUGAACGCGCUCAUGAACGAGCAGGACUGACGGGAGACGGGGGAUGGGGAUUUCGCACACACGCGCGUGUACACCACCGGGAGAUGUACAGAUUGUUAGCCGCACGGACGAGUCCCUGCGAACGGACAGGAUGGACACGGCGCGCACAGCCAGCAGCAGCUUUGAUUUUGCCAUUUGUGAAUAGCCAGCACAGCAGCCCGCCC